AUGCCUCCAAGAGCAGCUGCAAAGAAGGAGCGAGGCUGCUUCCAGUGCUCGCAACGCAGAAUAGCCUGUGACAGGGCCGAGCCAUCGUGCCAAAAAUGCGCGAAGAAAGGCAUCGAGUGCUCCGGGCUUGGGAGAAUACGGUUUGUUGGAGGAACGGCUAGAAGGGGGCGGUCAAAGGUUCCGAACGCUGCAGAAGACAUCGGACGAGCAACUACUUGCAGUCUUCCGGCUGUGAUACGUUGGUCUGAUGAAGGGAGAGCUGCGCAGAGACCAGCAGAUAAGGUCGCAAACCCCCAGAGCGAUGCAGACGGGGAUGAGACCACGGUCGCGGAAAGAUCGACGCUGAGAAUGGCGGAGAGACCCAAAAAACUCGAUUUUGUUUUAACAACACCGGCUGUUGAAGACGACGCAGACGUUUGUCGAGCUUACUAUUUGACUGCGACUGCGUACACCCAUCACAUUGUUCCUUGGCUUCCACCAAUCGCGGCAGAAGUACGGAUGCUCUUCUCAUAUUUCUCCAAUGUCAUCGCACCAGUCAUGGUCGUGCUUGAUGAUGAUGCGAACGGCUAUCGAUCCCUGAUCCUCCCAAUGGCAUUCGAGGACGAAGUUCUUUGUCGGGCGGUCAUGGUCGUCGCCGCGCAACAUCUCAGUCGUCGGCGACCCGAGUUCCAGAAACCAGCCGAAGCUGGUCGCACCGCCGUCAUUUCACGCUUGCGAAACGACUCUGUGCAGCAUUCUGCAGACAAGGUGUUGAGUGAGUGCACGUGGGCUACUCUGAUCGUGCUUCUAGUUGGCGAGACUGUGACGGGAAGCCCAGACUAUGGCCUCCUCAUACGGAUGCUGCUCAGCUUAUCCACAUGCACUCCUGUCCGAGACGCCAAUCCCGUACUAUCAAAGUUCUUGCAGGCCCAGACCCAAAUGUUCGAGCUGCUCGGCGUUCCAUUGCUCGGCGAGACGGCCGGCGUUCUCACAUUACAAAAAGCUUCCGAAUCCUUGACGGGUUGGCUAUCGUAUCCAUACAUCCCAGAAGAGAGCGAAGAUUGGCGCCUGACGGAGUCGAUACGGCAGUGCUUCCUGUUGGCGUGCGACAUAUACAAGCAAUGCGCAGAAUGUCCGGAAGAAAAUCCGAACCUCGACGAGUCGCUUCAAGCACGAUCAAUACAGCAGCUUAUUGAUGUUGUAUCGCAAAUCACGCCGGAGGCUCGUGGUGCUCACGCACUCGUUUGGGUGUGUUUCAUUGCUGGAGCAGCGUCAAUCGACCCGACUCACAGGACGUAUUUCGUACACCGCAUGGAACAGGUCUACGCUCGCACGCACUUCGGAAAUAUUCCCGGUUCGAUACAGAGUGUGCAGAACAUAUGGGCGCGAGAGGAGGGAGAACGCUGGACAGUCUGUGUUCCUCGAGUGGCGAAUGUGCUCGUCAUGUGA